AGAAAAUAACAUCAUAAACAAUGAAGCUUUCAUACGAACUGGAGCUGAAACCCGAGUUCAUGCCGCAGGACGCCGCCAGCCCCGACUCCAGCAGCGCCAGCGGUCUCCACUGCACUCAGGAAAAGAUGCCACAGAAUUCUUUAGAGGAGGAACCUGCUGGAGUAACACAGCGCAGGAGGAGGAAGACUGAUAAAACUGAAAAAGUUUCACCCAACAACUCAACAGAGGAGACACGGGUCGAGCCAGGCGAAGCUCAGGGAAGAAGCCUGAGGAGAACCUCCUCUCAAGCAGGAAAGCGCUUCUUCUGCGAGUAUUGUGACACCGGCUUUCACUGGAAAAGUGACCUGAAGAAACACCUGAAUGUCCACAAAAAGCCCUUUCCCUGUGAGCAGUGCAGCAAAAGUUUCCCAGACAGGGAAGAUCUGGAGAAUCACCUUCUGAGCCACGACUCAAUGAAGGACCCGCUGCCGUUCCCGUGUUCGCAGUGCAAGAGAUCCUACAGGAAGGAGUCGUCACUCCAGAAUCAUCUCAAGCGCCACCAGACAUCCAAACUACCCAAACCGUUCCCCUGCGACCAGUGCGGCAAAUCAUUCAGGGCGCAACAGUCACUGGAAAACCACCUCCUGCGCCACGAAAAGUGGAAGCUGCAGCUGAAGUGCCAGCACUGCGAGAAAACCUGCAAGACAGCGGUGCAGCUGAGGGCCCACAUGGCCGUGCACUCAGAGGAGAGACCGUUCAGCUGCGCCACGUGUGGGAAGGAGUUCAAAAGCAAGGACACCCUGCGCUUCCACCAGAUGGUCCACACAAACGCCAAGAAGUACAAAUGCAACAUGUGUGAAGAGUCCUUCAAGUACGCCCACUCGCUGACGGUGCACAAGAGGAAGCACACCGGCGACAGCCCGUUUGUCUGCGACGAGUGUAACCGCUCCUACAGAACCGGCACUGCUCUGAAAAGACACAAGGUCAUCCACACCGGGGAGAAACCCUUCACGUGUCACAUUUGUGGAGCGAGGUUCAACCUCAACAACAACUUGAAGAGGCAUCUGCGCAUCCACACCGGCGAGAAACCAUUCGCCUGCAAGGACUGCGGGAAGAGCUUCUCUGACAACAACAAGCUAAAGUCGCACAUGCUCGUUCACGGCGCCAGGAAACCCUUCAUGUGCGAUCUCUGUGGGAAGACGUUCCUCUUCAACUGCAGGCUGCAGAUGCAUCAGCGAUAUGUCCACGCCGACAACUCCCAUGCGUCAGACGGCGUCCUCCAGAACCGGCGGCCGAAGCCGCUGGUGAAACCAUUCAGCUGCAAAACGUGCCUGAAGGGUUUCAGUGCUGCUUCGUCGCUCAAGCUCCAUGAGAAGGGCCACAGUGAGCACAAGGAGUUCCACUGUGGCAUCUGUGGGAAGGACUUCCACAACAAGUACUCCUUCAGCUACCACCAGCGCAGCCACUCAGGAGACAAGCCCUUUGUGUGCGACAUCUGCGGAAAGAGCUUCUUCCAUGGCGCCAGCCUGAAGCAGCACGAGCGGAUCCACACUGGCGAAAGGCCCUACAAGUGCAACCAGUGCGACAAGGAGUUCAGGACGGAUGGAAACUUCUACCGCCACCUGAGGAUCCACAGCGGGGUGAAACCUUUCGAAUGCAGCUACUGCCAGAAGAAGUUCCACCAAUCCAAUCAGCUGAAAUCCCACCUGCAGGUUCACACAGGCCAGAAGCUGUACUCCUGUCAGCAGUGCGGCCACGGCUUCUCCGAUUCACGGCAGCUCAAGAAGCACAGCUGUGACGGCUCAACUCAUAUGAUUAAGCUUGAAUGAUUUUCUGUCUUUCAAUACAAAAAAGCUUUAAAUUUGCAGUUUCAGUUUCAUAGAGUUAAAGGGAUGUUUGUUGAUUCUGUUUUGCGUAUCUGUUCUUUUCUGUAAUGCAUUUGUCAUGACAGUUCAUGUGCAAGGGACUCAUCACAAAUGGUCAAUUAUAACAAACCUACAGAUGGCGUGGAGUGGCAUUUAAAGCUGUUUUAUUUGAAGAAACUGUUUAUCUGUUUCCUUUAAACUGUAAUUUAUUUUCCUAAUCCGUUGCUAACCAAAAUUGUUAUUUUUGCAGAAGCAAACUUGAAGAUCUACAUAAUUUGUAAUGAAUAGUUCUCUUUAACAUGACGGUAAAUAUAUUUCUUCCCCCGUGUACAGUGUAUUGCGAAUAAACAGUUGAAACG